AGACUUUAAAAAUGACUAUUGUGUUGCAGACGCUUCGAUCCGCCAUCUUUGUACAGGGAAAUGGAGGAGAAGGGGUUUUCAGAUAUAGACGGAGCGACAAUCCUGCUCAAACAGCAUUCUUACAGUCAGACAUGCAAGGAGUUUAAUGUAAUUUGCCCCAAAUUGUCCUUGCGGUCCCUUACAACCGCAACAUGUGCAGUGUGGGUUGCAGCCUACGCCAUCUUCGCGUACACAGAGGUGAGAUGAAUGGCUACAGGUAUAACACACGGCAUGUGUACUGCCUCUACCUUUUAUAUGAUAAGCUGAGCAACCAAAACAUGUUCAUGGAGGGAAGGGGGAACAAUUAUCACCAACUAGCAAAAACAUGCAAAAUGUGGAAUACAAACAUGUAAAAAAAAAAUAAAAAAUGUCCAUUGUAGGUAUUGAUGGCAGUACAGGAAAAGUGCUGCCGUGCAGAAUGUAACUUUCAAAUGGGGAAUCAGUCAGCAGGUGUCCUAAAUCGUGAGAAUAUAGCACAAACUUCAGGGCACCACCUUUCAUUGGCUGACACUCAGCAUGGAAAGUUGGGAGAGAGGAUGAAAACACAGUGGUUGUGGUAACCUAAGUGUUUGGGUUUCUACAAGAAAUUAAGCUGUGAUAGGAUUCAGUAAUAUCAGUCUUUUCAUGAAACCUGGCAAGUUCUUGUACACAGGACAGAGAACAGUGCAGGGCACACUCUGUGCUAUAGUUGUAUUGCAACAUUUGGAAAAUGUAAUUAAACACAUACUCAAAGAGAUACAUGCACAAUGACAAUAAUAUAAUAAAUAAAAAAGACAGUUUUGCCACCCACCUGUUUCAUACCUUUCAUUUGAAAACAAAGGUAUUUACCACUCUGGUUGGUCCACAUGGUGAUCACACAGCUUGGAAACCUGUGGAUCACUCUUAUUAGUAUCUUUUAAAUGUAUGUACUUUAGUUUGAGGUUUUGGAGGCAGCUAGUUAAAACACAUGUUUGUGUUCCUGACCCUAUAGUUUUCCUUUGUUUCAUAGGUUCUAACAGUUCCAAAUUCACUGAGACGCUCCCACAUUUUGGGGUAUUUUCCCAACCACAAUGGGUCCCAGCACUGGCGGAACUAAUGUAGAAAGAGCCCUGGUGUAAGAAAAUUUUUUGGGCCCCCCUCUAGCGCAAGGAUAGCGAAUGGAUAGAUCCCCGGUAAAAGUGUAUUUUAGCAUACUAUAUUAUUAAUAGAGAUGUCGCGAACGGUUCGCGGCGAACUCCGGUCAGCUGACACAUCCCGGCCAAUCUCCAGCAGACCCCCCCCUCCCAGACCCUCCCACCUCCUGGACAGCAUCCAUGUUGAAGCUGCCUUCAACAUGGAUGCUGUCCAGGAAGUAGGAGUGUCUGGGAGGGAGGGUCAGCUGGAGAUUGGCCGGGAUGUGUCAGCUGACCGGAGAACCCUUUGCGAGAAGUUCGCGGACGGUUCGCGACAUCUCUAAUUAUUAACCGUUUUGUCCAGGUGUAUCUUAUUUUUUGCCGGAAUUAGCAAUUGAUCUAAAAAUAGAUAAUCUGCUAUGCGGGAAAAGACUAAAAAUAGUCUGCUUUGAGGUAAAAGACUACAUAUAGAUUGUCAGCGAUGCAGGAAAAGACGGGAAAACAGUUAAAUGACAAACGUAAUAGUUGAUAAUAUUUAAUUUAUCUAAGUAUGGUGGCAGGAAAACCGUUGGUUUUAAGAAUGACAAUUGUACACCCAGGUGAAGUUAUGCAACCAGCCGACAUUACAAGCAAGAUUUGGAGGCUAUUAUCUGUUAGCGUACCAUUUCGCAAAUCCGGACACUGCCAUGAUAUGGUUAGCUACGAGGCGUCUACUCGCUAACACCAUGGACUGCGGCAAUUGUAAUCUGCCAGCUGCUGACGUACAACCAAGGUUUAGAUGGAGUGAGAUGGAAGUGCCAAACAUGUGGAUUUGUUAAAAGCAUCAGAGCAGGUUCGUUCGUUACGCAGAGUUAUCUGUCUCUGAAACAAAUCACAAUAAUGAUGUAUUGCUUUGCACAGGAUAUGCCACAAAAUCUGACACAACAUGAAGCCGAGAUUGAAGAGCAGACAACUGUCGUUGAUUGGUUCAAUUUUUUGAGGGAGGAGAUUAGUAAUUAUUUAGAUCGUCAUGCUACUGAGCUGGGAGGCUUGGAUGACAACGGUGAACCCAUAGUGGUGGAAUUAGACGAAUCCAAAUAUUUCCAAAGCAUAUACCACAGGGGUGCUUGGAGGGACGGCCACUGGCUCUUUGGUGGAAUCAAAAGCAUGUCUGGUCGAUGUUUUUUGUUGGAAGUUCCAGAUCGGACAGCUGCAACCUUGGAGCAACUCAUCUUUGAUCAUAUCUUACCUGGAACCAAUAUCAUUUCUGACGGGUGGGCGGCAUACCGGAACAUCGAUUAACUCAAGGAUGGAAUUUAUACGCACUCAGUAGUGGUCCAUGAACGCAACUUCGUCGAUCCACAGGACUCACAAGUGCAUACGCAGAAUAUUGAGAACUCAUAGAUGUGCACAAACUAAAGGUUCAAUUCGGAACGAGUCGUGCGUUGUUUCCUUCGUAUUUGGGAAUUUGAGUUUUGCUUGUCUGUUGAGAAAGAAAAUGUUUCCCGUGAUUUUGAGUUUGGGAAACAAAAUGUUUUUGGUUGCUUAAUGCUUGUCAUUGCUAAGAAUUAUCCAGUUUAAUGCUUGACGGGAUGGUUGUGUACCAUAGGAUGGACUCAGUUACUGUUGUUAAGAAUUCUCGUUAUGCAUGUUGCCAUUGGAAUGCAUUGUGUACUUGUGUGUAGUAUUUGCUAUUGAAGGAGUGUGUUUGUAUGUAAUAUUUGCUUUUAAAUGCAGGUGUGCUUUUGUGUGUAGAUUUGGUGUUUGUAUAUCAUUGUAGCAUUUUAAUACAGGGGGUGUGUUUGUAUGUAAUGAUUGCAUUUGCGUGCAGGGGUGUGUUUGGAUGUAGUGUUGUAUUUUAAAUGCGGAUGUACAUUGGUGGUUGAUUGACAUACAUACUUACAUAGACACACAGAUACCCACACCUUGACACACAGAUACAGUGACACAUACACACAGAUACACAAACUGACACACAGAUACAUACAUACAUAUAAACACACAGAUCAUAAUGUUUAGAUUUGCAGCCUAUUUUUUAUCUGCGAGAGGGUGACUUUUUUGGGUUGCUGCUGGCUGAGGCUGAUGUGGGUUUGCAGCAGCUUACUGCUUGCUGCUGCCUACACCCUGCAGCGCGGUGUUUAAAGCUGAGAGAAAGUGAUGGUCUGUCACUUACUCCCAGUGGGCCGAUAUUACAGGAGCCGGUCCUGAUCUUCACGGGGGCACAAGACCGGGUCCCUCCCACCCCGUGUGUCGCCCCCAGUGCAGCCGCACUGGUUGUUUUAAAUAUCUUUAUUGGUAUCAUGUCAGAGGCUUGGUUUACAAUUGUACUUUACCAUAACAUUUAGUUGCCUGCGCAGAGGCGGUUUGAUCAUAUCUUUUGCGGCUUUAUCAUCUGACAUAUUCAGCGUGUUGUGUGUGGUUUUGCCUAUGUGUGUGUGUGUUGUUCGGUGAUUGUGGUGCGCAUUCUGGUGCAUGUUUUGGGUCUCGUCGCGUGUUGCAGCGCUUCUUGACGCAUCUAUUGGGUGGGCUCAGCACACGUUGAUUGUGUUUGAAUCAUUCUUAAGGCUGUGUGUGGUUGAUCAUUGUAUGGAUGUGUGGUGUGAGUACUUGUUGCCUUUUGGGCGUCUGGGUUGCUGUCUCUUAUUUGGCUUCUUUUCUGCCCAUCCCCGUUGUGGCCCCUGCCGUCUUGUCUUAUUGUAUUGAUUAUUGUCGUGGUGUUUGCGGGGUCUGCUGGGGUCUAGUGGGUGGCACAGUGUCUGAAGUGUCAAGUGGUUUCGCAUCCUUGAGUUGUCACUGUGUAGUUCCUCGGGUCGGGGUGUUUCCAUUACUUCGGUCUUGCAUUUGUUUUAAGUUUCUAACAGUUGUGUUAGUGUGUGUGUCUGUUUUGGCUUUUUGUCUGUUGUUUGGGAGGGGGGCCGUUGUAGCGGCUCGUACCUCAUGUGAUCGUGUCGGAUGUUUGGAGGGUGUUUAUGUUGCGUCGUCGUGUCUUGUUCGGUUCGUACUUGUCCGCUUUAGUCUCUCGGAUUGUUCCCUGGUGUCUGUGUUGUGUGGGGUUGGUUAUGUCAUGCGGGUAUCGUCUUAGCGGGUGGUUGCGGUUGUGUUAUGUGUCUUCUUCUCUUCGUCUGGUAGUGUGGCCUUCUCUUGUGUCUGUGGUCGUUUGUUUGAGUGUGUUAGUGUGUGUGGAAGGGUCCUGGGGGGUGAGUGAGGGGGUUGACGGUUGGUGGUCAGUUAUCUUGUCCUCUGCCGCCGCCCCGGUCCGCCCAGCCCCGGGGCCUCCCGAACCCCUGCCUGGGUCUGUCUUUCUCUCAUUUGUUCUGUCUUUCUCUCAUUUGUUCAUCUCAUGAAGGUGAGUGGUCGGUCCGGGAAUAAUUCGUUCAGUGGCUGCAUGUUGAAAGGGCACUGGAGGACAUCCUUCAUGCGGAUGAUUGGCUUGUGUCCUAUUGGGUUCGGGGUUGGGCCCAUGUCUCCUGCCAUGCAAGUCUGGGCCCGCUCCUCCCCUUGAGAGGCAACCCAGACUUGCAUGGCAGCCGCCACGAAUGGGUUGGUGAUGUGUUUGUAUGUUGUUUUAGGAAUCCAUGGCAGUGUUCUGAGGUCGCAAUUGGUCGUGUCCGAUUCUAGUUGGGUCCAUGGUUUUGUGCCGCUGGCCACCGUCCAGCUGAUGAUUCUCUUGAGGUGUGCCACGUGGUAGUACUUUUCAAAGUCCGGCAGCGCCAGUCCCCCACGGAUUUUGGGAAGGAUCAGUUGGGUGUGUGCUACCCGGGGAGAUCUUUCCUUCCAUAUAAAUCUGCGGACUUCCAUUUUCAGUGCCUUGAAGAACGAUUGUGGGGCUAGUAUCGGGACUGUUUGAAAUAUGAAUAGCAAUUUGGGGAGCAGUGUCAUUUUGACCGCGUUCACCCUUCCUAGCCAUGAUAUGUAGUAGGAGUUCCAUUUGUGUAGUUUCUCCGUUGCCUUUUUCAGUAUUGGGAGGUAGUUGUGCGUGUAUAGGUCUGCUGGGUUGGGUGUAAGCCAGACCCCUCGGUAUCUCAUUCGGUGGUCGCACUAACGGUAUGGGUGUUGUCUCUGGAUCGUUUUUCUGAGUGCGUGGUUGACGUUCAGGUUCAGGAUCUCUGACUUCGAGUGAUUUAUUUUGGAGGUUCGAAAGUCAGCCAUAUAGUUCGAAUUCUGUCUGUAUGGUCCGGAGGGAGGUCUCUGGGUUCGUAACCAUGAACAAAAGGUCAUCUGCGUAUGCCAAGAUUUUAUGGUGCGAGUUUCCGAUCCUCUUUCCUUGUAUGUCUGUAUUCCGUCGGAUCUUGUUGAUGAAGGGCUCCAGUGUCAGUGCAAACAGCAAGGGUGAGAGUGGGCAGCCUUGCCUGGUUCCAUUGUGGAUCUGGAACGAAUCCGAUAGUGCGCCGUUGAUCCUGAUCCGUGCUGUUGGGUUUGUGUAUAGCGCCGUCACCCAGGUGAGGUAUUUUGCCCACACGCUGAAUUGUCGGAGAGUUUCGAACAUCAGUUCCCAGUCCACUCUGUCGAACUCUUUUUCCGCCUCCGUUGACAGGAGUAGUACCGGUGUCCUUUGUGUUUUGGCGUGGGCUAUGAUGUUCAGGACUCUGAUGGUGUUGUCCCUCACCUCCCUGCCUUGGAUGAAUCCCGUUUGGUCUGGGUGGAUUGAUGCAGGUAGCAGCGGCGCCAGUCGGGUCGCGAGGAUACUCGCCAGGAGUUUAAGGUCCAUGUUUAGCACGGAUAUCGGGUAGUAGCUAGGGCACAGUCUUUCCCCUCCUUCGGGAGUAGGGUGAUGUUGGCCGAAGUGAAUUGGGCUGUCGGUAUGGCUCCGUCUUGGAUGGAAUUAAGUGCCAUCAGAAGUUUCGGUGUCGUAUCUUGUCUUGUAAUACUGGAGGGGGAGGCUGUCUGGUCCUGGUGCUCUGUCUGUUUUUGCUCUCUUGAUGGCGUACGCUAUCUCCUCCGGUGUUAUGGGUGCCUCUAAUGCCUCUCGGUCUAUGUCACCUGUUUCUGGCACGUUCGUGGCGUCCAGGUAGUCCCGGAUGUUUUCAAUUAUGUUAGUCUGUGGAGCUCCCGGGGCUUCUCGACUGAGGUUAUAUAGAUUCUGGUGGUAGGUUCGGAAUGCUGUGGAUAUUUGGUCUGACCGGUGUCUGAGUUGCUGCCGUGUGUCUUUGAUUUUUGGGAUGUAGAGUUGGGUUUUGCGUUGUUUGAGGAGGUUUGCUAGCAGUCUCCCGCAUUUGUCUCCGUGUUCAUGUAUCAUGUGUUUGUAGUGUUGGUAUGAGCAUUGUAUCGAGUGGUUAAGGUGUGUGGUGAGCUGAUCCUGUUUGGUUACUAGGUCCCUAUAUGUUGUCGCAUCAAGGGUGCGUUUAUGUCUUGCCUCCAGGCUUGCUAUGUCUUUGCUGAGGUUGAGGAUCGCUUGUAUCGCUGUCUUCUUGCGGGAUGCGCUGAUUGCGAUGAUUUGGCCUCGGAUCACUGUUUUGUGUGCCUCCCAGCAGAUCAGUGGAUCGGUCUGACCAGGUCAUUGGUAGGAUCUCUGCUGUGGUGAGCAGCAUCAAAUUUUAAUGUGGUGUGAGGAAGUAGUCGAGCCUUGUGUAUGUUGAGUAGAAGGUGUAAUUGCGAGCCGUUGGGUGCAGCGCCCGCCAGCAGUCCGCUAAUUGGUGGCGGUGGAGGAUGCGCAGUGUGUUCGCAUAUCUUGUGUGUGGGGUUGUGCUUUGUGAGGAUGAGGAAUCUUGGUCUGGGUGCAGUGCCAGGUUCAGGUCUCCUCCAAUUAUUAGGGUGCCUUCCGUGAACUUCAUCAGGGUAUUUAGUACGCGUCCAAGGAAUUGGUGUUGUUUUGUGUUCGGGGCAUACACGUAGGCGAAUGUGAAUGUUUGGUCCAGAAUGGUGCCUUUGGUGAAUAUGUACCUACCUUGGUUGCAUCUGAUGGUAGCUUUCUCUGUGUAGGGGAUGAGUCUAGAGAAAAGAAUGCCUACUCCCUGUGUGCGUCUGUCGGGGUUGUUGCUGAUGUAUCCCGUUUGGAAGUUGCGGUCUUUCAGGGCCUGUGCUCUGCCCUCUUGAAAGUGGGUUUCCUGCAGGAAGGCUAACGACGCCUUGUAGUGUUUCAGGUCUCGCAGGAGUCUUGUUCGUUUCUCCCUGAUGUUCAAUCCGUGUAUUUUGUACGAGACUAUGCUUAGGUCCUCCCGCGCAAAUCCGUUUGGCCCUGGGGCCGGCGGCCAGGGGGGACUAUUGGGUAGGGCAGGGGAUGGGGGGAGAAGGGUGGUGGGGACGCUGAGCUUGUAGGUGUCUUUGUCAGACGACGACCGUACAGAUCAAAAUGUUGUGAGUGGCAGUGGGUUCAAUAAAUUUGCCUUUUUGUAUCCUGGAGUGCCUGGACCUUUCUUCUUUUUUUUAUCUUUUGUAUAUUUGGUCCCUAGUACUGGCCUGGUUGCACCCAGAUAUAUAAUACUUGGGAUUGAGUGCAGUUCCACAUCUCUACUACAACUAUACCAGAAUCCAAAACCACUGCACAAUAUAUUGUAUAUAUAUUUGUAGAAUACACCCCCCUGGCUAUGUAACUAAGAGUAUUUUGACACUUUCCAUCUAACCAUUUUAUCACAAGCCUAGGUCAAGUCAAUUAAUAUUUUGUGGGGAGGGGUUCCACACAUGUUGUAUUUUGGUAAAGGUCACAGACCACGUGUUCAAAUACUACAAACAUCCCAUAUGUAUAUUCUGCUACUGUUCUUGAGUUCAAUGAUACCCUACAUGUGUAUUUUUUACCUUAACCUAGUCCCUAAUAUAAUCCUUAGUCUAACCUAUAAUCAUACCCAUAAGGUAACACCUUUUCCUACCCCUAAUCCAAUCUCUAAACCUACCCUAAUCCAUUUCAGUCUUGAUCCCACUCUCUAAACCUAACCCUGUUUACACCCUCUAUUCCCACCUUUCAAGGGAUUCCUUCUGCUGAUGUCAAUACUGACAUCAGCAGAGGUUUUUCCUAACUCACACAGUGCAGAGGUCUCCGUAAGCCCUCGUUACUCUGUGAUUGCAGCAUGAGAGGAAGAACUCAAUAUUAUUUACAGGGAUGUUUUUAAAUUUAAAGGACAAUAAGCGCUGCUCAUAGCUCUCCUGUCAGUCUGGGGCCACUAACGGUGGCCCUAACUGAGAGAGCGGUCCCCCAGGUAUUGAACGAUACAAAGGGGUCCCUAUUUUGUAAUGCAGGAGGUUGGGGUCAGUGAUAGCAAUACCAGGGGUUAGAGAGAUCACUCAGCCGCAGUAUUUAAAGGCCUGUGUACAGCGCUCACUUUAAAAACCACCUAUCUCAUCUGUCAGCCUGGUUUUAGGCCUUGGAUAGGAUCGAAUGUCUCAAUCUGUUACCUGUUUUUAAAUAUCUUAAACUGUUUUCUUCUUUGCAGAACAGCAUGGUCUUGUCAGCUGCCAUAUUUUGCACCCUUAUCGGUUUGCUUUUCUUUCUACAUUUUGUGAAAAUUGACCAGGAAUCUUUGCUGGUUAUUGGCUCUUUGGGGAUUCAGAUGACCUUGUCCUUUGCAUCGGGCAAAGAAAGCACAGAAUUUAUUGAAAUGCAUAGAGUCAAGGAUGUGGUCAUUAAUGAAGCCAUCUUUAUGGUAUGUCACAUUUAAUUAAGUUUAGAAUUUUCCGUGGGAUUAGUAAUGUUAAACAGUGUGUGAUCACUUAAAGUCAAGGAAUGUUAUGUUAUUAAAAAAGAAAAGUCAAAAGUAAAUGAUAGCCACACCCAUUUUUAAAUAACUACUUUUUAUAUUUCAUUUAUCAUUUAAAUAUAUAUAUAUUUUUUACAAUAUCUAUCUUUCUCUUAGAUCAGCACACAGAUUAAGGGUGUUCUCAGCUACUUAACUAUAUCAAUAUAUAAUUUCCUUAACUGUUUGCUGAGGAUGUAACAGAUUAAAUGUACGGUCCACAUUCAAUAACCAUUAUUGCUUAUUGUAGUGGUUAUGGCGAAAGGAGUCUUUAGGUGCAGUCUCUCUACAUUUGGAUCGGUAUAAUUAUACAACAUAUAUUUGCGCCAAAUAUUAGAUUUCAUUAGAAUGUACUUUCUUAAAAUGUGUUUACUAGCCCCUCAUGUCCUUAUGCCGAAAGCUCAUUGACACACAAAUGUACUAAUAUUUAAAAUGGACCUAUUUAAACUGUUCAAGUGGUCUACUUCUAGUAAGUAUUAGACAUGUGCAUGGAGAAAGUUUACAGUGUUUUCAGUCAUUUGUUUAAAGAAAAAAAGUUUUUGUUAGGUUACUACGACUUGGGGUGAUAUAUCUAUUAUUUUUUUGCAAUAAACAUAUGCAUUAACAUGCAACAUUCUACACACUUUGCACUGUGCACACUUCAGAAAGGACAGCGACGUUUAUUUCUUUAUCUGACUAAAUGACCAAAAACUGGAAUUUUCGGUCACUUUUGCAAUUCUUCCAAAGCAAAUGCACGUCUAGUACUUAUUAAUACAUUGGGAUAGAAAAAUAUCCAGCACUUAUAUAGACAUAUCAGUUACCAGUUACUCUUACUUUAAGUUGAGUUGUCUCUGUUAUGUGCUGUAUGCAUAGCCAUUGCUGACUGUAACCGACACAACAUUGCUGACACAGUUGACCAAGGUGGCUUCUUUCACACUACUGAUGCUCUGACGAAAUAGGGAACCACCAAUCCCCAAUGUUACAAUAGAAAGAACGUGAAAGGAAACACAGUAAGGAGCAGAGAGAGGUUCUUGUUUAUUAUAGGGAUAGACAUCCCCUUGAAUACAACAUUUCAGCUUCAUGCUUCAUUAUCUUUCGAGACAGAUUGUAAGUAUAAUAAGGUUUCCGUCCUAUUAAUACAUUAGAAAUACUAUUUGCACCUUACGAUGUUGGCUGUCAUUAUGCUGAGUAGACUAGCACAAAUAAAGGGAGUUAGCUGAUGCCAUUAUUAUCAUAAUUUAUAUAGCACCAACACAUUCUGCAGUGCUUUACAAUUCUAAAAUGGGAAUAUGAGACAUCUAACAAUAUAACAGAGUCAAGCGGUGAAGAAUGCCCUGCUCAAACGUGCUUAUAAUCCAUGAGUGUAGGAAUUGGGUGGGGGGGAUGUUGCGUUUCAGAUAUGCUACUAUGUAAGAAAGAUAAGAAAAACUAAACAUAUGUUAAGUUUUAUCACAUUCUACUAAUAGACUACAUAUUCAAAACAAUAAAAUGUAUCACAACAGCAAUAUCAGUGAAAGUGCCAUUUUUGCAUUUUUCACACACACACACACACACACGGCACUUUCACUGACAAUAUGCUUGUUGUGAUACGUUUUACUGUUUUGAAACCCUAAUAUUUCAGUUCAGCGAAGUCUCCCGAGUAUGACAGUAACCCUGUGUACAGGUUUUCUGGUGUUUUCAAUAGUUACAUGGUCAAAUAUAAAGCUUGCCUUUCAGUUUUUUCACAUUGAAAUUUGCCAGAUUGGUUAUGUUGCCUUUUAGGCCGUAUGGUAGCCCAAGAAUGAGAAUUACCCCCACGAUGACCUUUUACAAAAGUAGGCAACCCAAGGUAUUGCAAAUGGGGCAUGUCCAGUCUUUUUUAGUAGCAACCACAAACACUGGCCAAAAUUGGCAUUAAAAUUUUUUUUUGCAUUUUUCACAUGCAAACAAAUAUGAACGCUAACUUUUGAAAGUGUUUGUGGCUAAGUAGCUACUAAAAAAGACUGGAUAUAUCCCAUUUGCAAUACCUUGUGGUCUACGUUUGCAAAUGGUCUGCCAUCAUGGGAGUAAUUAUCAUUCCUGGGCUAUCAUUUGGUCUCAAAGGCAACAGAACCCAUCUGGCAAAUUUCAAUGUGUAUAAGCUGAAAAAUGUAACAUGCUAUAUUUGACCCUGUAACUUUACAAAACCAUAAAACCUAUACAUGGGGGUUCUGUUUUACUUGUGAAACAUCGCUGAAUACAAAUAUUUGUGUUUUAUUGCAGUAACAGUAUUAUGACAUUCACAGUUUAACCCCUUAAGGACCAAACUUUUGGAAUAAAAGGGAAUCAUGACAUGUCACACAUGCCAUGUGUCCUUAAGGGGUUAAAUGCCAUGCAUAACUAAAAAAAUAAUCUUAAUUUCUCACAUUCUUUAUAUUUUAUUCAUAUUAAGUUAUGUUUCAUAUAUAAAUAUUUGAUAUGAAAUGAAAGCCCUGUUUCUCCUUAAGAAAAUGAUAUAUAAUAAGUGUGGGUGCAUUUAAUAUAAAAGAGGGUAAUUCUGGUUGAACAGACAUAUGGUGCAAAUUCAAAGUUUUGUUUACGUUUUGUUUUGAUCACAACUUGUACAACGGCCUCAAUCCUUAAGGGGUUAAAGGGACACUCUAAAUAGCAAAACAAAUUUAGCCUAAUGAGGUAGUUCUGGUAUAUAGAUCAUGACCCUGCAAUCUCACUGCUCAAUUUAUUGUCAUUUAGGAGUUGUCAUUUUUGCUUCUGUUUAUGCAGCCCCUUGGCUGUGACUUCCACUGCCUCCCUACACACUUCUUGUAAAGAGAGAUCUAAUUUGUAAAAUGUAUUUAUUGCCAGUGUGUUUAUUUGUAGGAAUUGUUAUCACCUGUUCAGUUAAUAGCCUGCAGUGACCUCCUGUGUGUGUCAAGUUCAAAUAAGGGAGAAAGAGAUAAGCACGUAUAAAGUAAACACAGUGUGUUGUAAAAUGGAGGAUGUGUGAAGCACAGUUAGGGAAGGGGUAGCUAGGUUUGCAUAAACUUCUAUUUGGGGGAUGCAAUGCUUAUUCUAAAUUGUUCUGGUAACCCUUUUAAUUGUGUAAUAUUGAUUCAUACAUAGUUGGUGUUUACAUAUGCUAUUCCACUAUUUUGAUAUUUUUCAGCAAAAAGUCAUAUAUUACUUGUGCAUUCUCCUUAAAGAUCCUACUGAUCCAAAAGGCAUUUCAAGCAUUGUACCAGUGUUUCAGGUAAGCUAAUGUUUUCUAUUGCUGAGACUUUGCAAGACUCCUCUUAUUAUUUUUAUGAAGCUGUACCUUGUUUGUGUGUUUUGGGUCAUUGUCAUCUUGGACUGUGAACAUCCUCCAUCUUUCUGACCGAGGACAUCAGGUUUUGUACCAAACUGUUAUGCUAUCUAUCGUAACAAGUGCCUCUGACCCAUCUGAAGAGAAGCAACCAACACAUGAUGCUACCAUCACCAUGCAUCAGAGUCAUUAUGGUGUUGCUUGAUGAACAUUAUUGACUUGUUGCCAAACAUUAGGAAACGCUAUGUCUCCUCAUACCAUAGCACAUUUCCUAACAUGGGUUGGACUAUCUGAAUAUCUUGGUAUAAUUGAAAUGGAGUUGGAUGCUCCUUUUUAUAAGACAGGUUUCUGUUUUUCCACCCUAUCCUAUCCUAUAUUUUCUCCUCAUCCCCUCAUUAAAGGGACUCUCCAGGCAGAGUAUUUUACUCACCUGGGUCCAGCACCGGGAGCCUCGUGAAGCCGCGCCCCCUAUUUCGUCAAAAUGAUGAAAUAGGUGGGCGCGAGCAAUCAGAUGCUUCCAUUUGAAAGCGUCAUUGCUCCCUUGUGCGCAUGCGAGGCUUUGCCGCACGUGCGCACAUACUUCAUAGGGCGGCAUUCAUGCCGCCCUCUGAAGUCCUACUGACAGACUGCUCGGCUCGCGGCCUUUGCCUGUCCCCUCUCCUCUGUUGACAGUGCCUUCUCUCUUCUGCACACGUCAGACGUAUUUUAAUAUGUCUGACGUGUACAAGGCCUUUUUAGGGCCCUACAUGAUAGGAAGUCCCUCUGGGGGCCGUCUGAGCGACGGCCACUGAAGGUAUUCUUAUCAAUCAAUGUAAACACUGUAUUUUCGCUGAAAAUACAGAGUUUACAUUAGAUUGCCUGCAGGGAGCUAUCGUUCUCACCUGAACAAAUACAUUAAGCUGUAGUUGUUCAGGUGCCUAUAGUGUCCCUUUAACUUUGGAGAGUUGGCUUAAUCUCUGCAACGUCUGUCUCUCUGAUGACAAUGCUUCAUGAAACAUCCAAUGCCUUCAAAAUUCUAUUCUUCUCCUGAUUGGUAUUUCCCAUCAAUCAGUUCUUCGAUUUUUUUUUUUUGUUAAUUUAGUGGACCAUAGUAGGAUGCAGCUUUAAUAAUUCAAUCAAAUUCUACAGCAUCAAACAUUAAUCAGAAUCUUUUCUUUAAAGCAGCUCGGUUACCCCCAUAUCUAGAAUCAGUCUUUAUGACGGUGCAGCCCCCACAUGGUCACUGGAUUCCUGAUUGUGAUGUCAGUGCUGGGGGUCUUUGUAAACUAUGCAAAGACCCCAGAAAGUGAGUGAGCUGCAUUAGUGGCCGGUGUAUACUACUUACCAACAGAGAUUAUUUAGAGAGUCCCCAUUAGAACAGAGUGUACAGACUUAUGCAAUCAGUGUAGGAUAUAUACAUUUUUUAAAUGUUCCGAAUUAUUUGUUUUUUGGAAGAUUGUUAUAGAUGGAAAAAGUCUGACAUUUUAUGUUAGGUCUUCACAUGUCAAAAACAUGCAAUUUUUAUGAGGGUGUGUAGACUCUUUAUAGCUACAGUAUAUUUUAUGUGAACAUUAGAAAUCACCUUAAAAUUUAGCAGGAGCAAAUUAGGCAUGUAUGUAAACAUUUUUUUCUUCUUUGUGUUUUAGAGUGCAAAGCCCAAUCUGGACUGUUUGGUUGAAGUUUAUAAGAGCUGCCAAGACAUCUUAUCCAAGGAAAAAAAAUCUAUUGACCUCUUAGACGUAGAACAGCCAUGAGCAAACAACCUCCAUUAUAGAUGUCUUUCAAUAUUCUACAUUUUGAAUGUGACUUGCUUCAUAUUUUAUGCCAUUGCAGGCUAUACAAAGCCAUCAGUUAUAUUUAUGAGAACAUGGAAACCAGUCUCAAAAAUAUGGAGCAGUUAUGGACAUUAAUCAUACAAAUUCUAUAAUAAUGUCACUUGAUUAUAUUCUUAUUUGUCUUAGUCACUGUUUUAACAUUUCUUGGUAAUAACCUGACAUUUUCAUCUUAGCCUGGCUGGGUUUCAGGUUAGUUCUGAAGAAAGAUCACAAAGUCUAUUUUUAAUAUUUUUCUUAAAAAAAAAAAUAUUUAUAAAUUCUUUUAUAAAGUAAAUGUGAUUUUUAUAAAGCCAAGAUCCUGUUUUAGAUGGACAUUAAUAGGGCUGUGAGUUGUGUAACCAAAAUGUCUCACAAAGUAAUGAAAGUAUUAAAUGUAAGUAGCACAUAUGCAGGGUUAGAUAUAUUUUCUCUCAAAUUUUAAAUGAUUGUGAAAUAGACUUUACUAGCAAACUUCUGUCUGUGACUUAUGUAAGUUUAGCUGGAGACCUGCGUGUGACAACUUUAUUUAGUUGUAUGCAUCUGGACCUGUUAAAGGAACACUCAAGGCACUAAAACUGUUGCAUCUUAUUAAAUUGGCCUUGAGUCCCCUAGCACUGACUCUCCAUUUAGUGUUAAGCUGAUUUUCAAGCAGAUGAAAAAGUAAUGAAGGUCCCUGGCUGCCCUUAGUAUGGUCCCCAAUGGAGGUAUGGCUAAAUUAGAUUACACUCUACCUUCUUGCCAUACCACUUAAUAGCAGCAAUGGGUGGUUGUUGUAGUAUGAAAGUAGAUAGCUGACACAUACUCCAAGCACACCUCCCCGUGAUGGUUAUGGAACCAGUAGUGCCCUUGCAUGCUUUAGAGUAAGUUACCAAACCAUUAAGAACAAUUUGACAACUUACCUGGGUCCUGCCACGCACCCGUUGCUGUCUCCACUACUGCCAGAAGCUUUUUAAACCGUUUAAUUACUUACUUUGGAAAGGCACCACGGUUACUACAGGAUCCACAACCGUAGGCUGCUUUAAAUGUUCCUUUAA